AGACGAGAAAGAACUCACGGAGGACCAAGAUGGACAUGGCCAUGAAGGCGGUGGAGAAGAUGAAGCCGCUGGUUGACGAGUUGGAGAGGGAUGUUACUCAAUAUGAAGAGAGACAGACUAAGAUGGAACAAGAGAAUGUAAAGAUUUGGGAGAAGAACAGAAAACUGGUAAUUUACCAGGCUGAAGCCAAUAAACGGAAACUGAUAAAUGAAGAAUUGGAGAUGAAGGAUCAUUCAUUAACGAGAAGAUCUCAAGAACUGAAAGAAAUUUGCCAAGAAUUGAGUUCAAAAGAGAAGGCUGCCAUGGAGAAAAUAGACAUCUGUUAUCGUAAGAUCAAAGAGGAAGAAACCACUGCCGAGAUCGACACGGCAUAUGAGCGAAAAUGGACCAAGGUUCACGAAAGUCUUGGCCAUUGCGAUCGACUGAUAGAAAUAAGCAACCUGGAAAUUCAAGAACUGAAAGACAACACGCCCAUAAUGACUGGAGAUCAAGCAGACAAACAAGAACAAGAACCAGAGAAUCAGGAAGAGAACGAAUUGGUGAUUAUUGAGUCUGUUGAUCUCAAAUCCAAGGAGGUGAGUGAAUCGCCCCCACUAGGGAGUGAUUCUCCUGUUAUCGAAGAAAUUAUCCUGAAUGAUUGUCCUUUAUUUAUAGAUGACGGAAUAGAUGACUCUCCUAUGUAUGUGGAAGACAUUUCUAGGCAUGAUUCCCUUGUCUCAACAGAAGAUAUUAUAGAUAUUACAGAGUGAAAUGUCCAACAAAUUCUCCCAAAAGCUACAAGAUGCCUUUUCAAGUAAGCCAUCUGCCAAACAACGGGACAUU